GGCGAAGCCGGACACGCACCACCAUGAAACAACUGAACGGUUGCAGAUGAAGAAAAUCAUCGUUCUCUCAUCUCCUCUCGUCCCCAAAUCAAGGAAAAAAUUUUCAAAGACAAUUGAAAGAAAAAAAAGUCUGAAAAAUACACCAAACAACAACCGAGGGCAAACAACGACAUCAACGUUGUGUCCUGCAAGAGAGGAGGACACGCCACGCAAAGUGUCUCCACUCCUUCCUCUGUGUGUCCCCUUCAUUGUUUAUCUCUCCGCUUUACUCAAGGAUUCGAAACUUCUUCGAUCAAUUUCAUGAAUUAGCACUGACCCAGAUUCCAGAAUCCGGUUACGAGUAGUGGGUCGAGAUUCGUCCAAGGUUAAAACCGAUUUCAGUGCUUCAGAUAGGGUUCUUGCUGCUCUGGGGAAAUGGCCGCUCUGUUAGCUUCUCAGAGCUGCUAUGGCUGUGAAACCAUGAGAGCCACGAAAACCCCUCAUCAAGAUCUCGUCAGCAAGCCAAAGAGAUUUCGCAUUGUGAUGAGACAGACGGAAUCGCCCUCCAAGUUCGGUUCCAAUGGGCGGCCCGUCAAAAUGGUUCCCACAAGUGAGGUUGUGAAAAGGAAAGAUCCACCUACGAAGAAAGUGAAUGGAUCCGAGAGAGUUGUUAAUGGAGCGAGUUUGGUUCGUAGAGAUAUUAAUGGUGCAUCAUCGGCUUUGGUUAAGGCACCGAAGAAGAAAGGAUCUCAGGGAUUACCGCCUCUCGAGGAAGCUAGAGUUCUUCCUUCCGAUGAAGGUUUCAGCUGGGCCGACGAAAAUUACAAUUCGCUAAAAAGGAGCGUCGAUGUUUGGUCCUUUGUUAUUUCCUUGAGGGUCCGUGUCUUGUUGGACAAUGCAAAAUGGUCAUAUGUUGGAGGAUUUACAGAAGAAAAGCAGAAAAAGAGAAGACGAGAAACCGCAUCAUGGCUGAGAGAGAGUGUCUUGCAGCUUGGUCCAACGUUCAUCAAGCUUGGACAGUUGUCCUCAACAAGGUCGGAUUUGUUUCCGCGAGAAUUCGUGGACGAGCUUGCCAAGUUGCAGGACAGGGUCCCAGCCUUUUCACCAGAGAAAGCAAAGCGAUUCAUCGAGACUGAACUCGGUGCUCCCAUCAGUAUAAUAUUCAAAGAAUUCGAGGAGCAGCCCAUUGCUGCAGCUAGUCUUGGUCAGGUACACAGGGCCGUGUUGCAGAACGGAGAAAUCGUUGUAGUGAAAGUACAAAGACCCGGGCUCAAGAAACUGUUCGACAUUGAUCUACGAAAUCUGAAGCUAAUUGCAGAGUAUUUUGAAAAAAGCGAAACCUUUGGCAGCAAUGAUUGGGUCGGUAUUUAUGAAGAGUGCGCUACGAUUCUAUACCAAGAGAUCGAUUACAUAAACGAAGGGAAGAAUGCUGACAGGUUCAGGAGAGACUUUCGGAAUAUAAAGUGGGUCCGAGUACCUUUGGUCUACUGGGAAUACACUGCCUCAAAGGUAUUGACGUUGGAGUAUGUACCAGGCGUCAAGAUCAAUAAGUUAGACACUCUAGAUUCACGGGGCUAUGACCGUUCAAGAAUUGCUUCACGGGCCAUUGAAGCAUACCUUAUCCAGAUACUCAAAACCGGUUUCUUUCACGCGGAUCCCCACCCGGGAAAUCUCGCUAUCGAUGAGGAUGAAACAAUCAUCUAUUAUGACUUUGGAAUGAUGGGAGAGAUCAAAACAUUUACUCGGAAGAGAUUGCUCGAUCUUUUCUAUGCAGUGUAUGAAAAAGAUGCCAAAAAGGUCAUGCAAAACCUUAUCGAGCUCGAAGCACUUCAACCCACCGGAGAUUUGUCAUCGGUGAGGAGGUCUAUUCAGUACUUCUUGGACAACCUAUUGAGCCAAUCACCCGACCAGCAGCAGACUUUGGCAGCUAUAGGAGAGGACCUGUUUGCAAUUGCUCAAGAUCAGCCAUUUCGCUUCCCGUCCACUUUUACAUUUGUCCUGCGGGCGUUUUCCACCCUCGAGGGUAUCGGUUACACCCUCGAUCCGGAUUUUUCCUUCGUGAAAGUUGCAGCACCUUAUGCUCAGGAACUUCUGGAUUUAAGAACAAAGCGGCCUACAGGAACUCAGCUUGUUCAAGAAAUAAGGAAACAAGCUGAUGAUGCGAGGUCUUCCACUCUAUCGAUGCCAACCCGGAUUCAACGUAUAGAAGAAUUCGUAAAACAAUUGGAAUCAGGCGACAUGAAACUCCGAGUCCGGGUUCUUGAGUCGGAAAGAGCGGCCCGAAAGGCGACGAUACUGCAGAUGGCGACGAUGUAUACAGUUCUUGGGGGCACUCUGCUCAAUCUUGGGGUGACAUUCAGUAACCAAGGAAGUCAGGUUAUUGCCAAUGGAUCUUUCAUCGGUGCAGGAAUUUUCAUGGGUCUGAUACUUAGAUCUAUGCAAAGGGUGAAGAAGCUUGAUAAGUUUGAGAAAAUGAUAUGAUGAUAGAUGAUGAUGAUGAUGGUGAUGAUGAUGAAAUGGGGAUGAUGAUAAUGAUGAUGGUGAUGGAAUCUCAGAAUCAUUUUCAUAACAAGGUGUAGCAAAAUCCUUGAAUUCACAUUUUUACACCAUUUUUAAAGUGUACAAAAUUUUACUGUCAUGCAUAAAUCAGUGUAACAAACAAAAGGGAUAUAUACCAGUAACUAAAUAUGAAAACUCUUUUUUUUUUUUUCA